AUGAAGACCAGCUGCCUAAUCCGUGAGUCUCAAAACCAAGUGAACAUCCCAGAAAUCCACACCAUAAUUGGUGGAUUCGUCAGAGGGGGAGAGUCAGGAAGGGCAAGGAAGGCCUACGCCCGUCAAUUGGGAAACUCUCAUGAAGUCUACACAAUAGGAAAACCAAUGAAGCAGUCCCGAAGGACCGAGAUGGUGAUUGGAUUCUCGGAUGCGGAUUACGUGGGUAUAUCGCACCCACACACAGACGCUUUGGUUGUCACCAUAACAGUGGCAAAUCAUAAUGUCCAUCGCAUCUUGAUGGAUAAUGGGAGCUCGGCAGACAUCUUAUAUUGGUCUGCAUUUAAAAAGCUAAAUCUGGGACAGGAGAGAAUCGUCCCAACUAGCUGCCCCUUGAUGAGAUUGACAGGGGAACAAGUUCAACCGGUAGGAUCAAUUGAGCUACAGGUCACGGCCGGAUCAUACCCAAGGCAGAUGACGGUAAUGGUUCGUUUUUUGUUGGUCGACCGACCAUCCAUCUACAAUGCUAUUAUCGGGAGAAUGACUCUCAAUGAAUUAAGGGCCAUCACGUCAACUCCGCAUCUCAAGAUAAGAUUCCCAACGAAUCAUGGAGUUGGAGAAAUAAGGGGUGAUCAGCGAGCUGCCCGACAAUGUUACAACAUCUCUAUGAAAGAAUGCCCGAGGACUUCGACCCGUGGGAGUACCAACUCGACUGUGAAAGAAAAGCUCAAAUCCUUCCUCCGCGAUAAUUGUGAUGUAUUCACCUGGAGUCACGAAGUCAUGCCAGGAAUGGCACCUUCGGUCAUGGCGCACAAGUUGAACGCUGAUCCUAGUUUCAAGUUAGUACGGCAGAAACGGAGGGUGUAUUCGGCUGAGAAAAGUAAAGUUACUGCUGAAGAAGUCGAAAAAUUGCGUGAAGCCGAGUUCAUUAAAAAGAUCUAG